GCGCCGGCUGGGGGGUCUUGGACUGUCUGACCGCAGGUCCACACAUCACCUGGGUGGCACUAGAGGGAAGGCUACUGCUUCGAGGUCAGAAGAUGUACCAGCACUGAAGAAUUAUAUAUAGAGACAAAUGAUGAGGUCUGCACUGAUCUGUUUCUUAUCCUCCCACUGGGCGAGGACGCCUGGGCUCUAGAGGGCAAAUUAGCCACAGCAGCAGCGGUGGAUCUUUGGGAGAGAACACAGAAACAGUGUAAAAAUGAAACUGCAACUUCAAGAGGUGAAUCAUGGAAUGCAGCUCUUACAAGGUGUGUUGCCUCAAGCCAGGAGAGCUGUACAGAGCUGAUCACGUUGGAGACCUAAGUCAGCAACAUUGGGAAUGAUGGUCCCCUCACUGCUCUGGCUCCUGAUGCUGUGGGGACCUCAGGGUCUUUGGGCUCAGGACUAUGACGAGGACUAUGAAGAAGAGGUGGUGACCACCAGGAAAAAGACCAAACUAUAUCCAUCCAAUUCCAUACCACAAAAACCCAAAUCGCUCAUUGACGAGGGCUGCGGUUUGGAGUUAGCCUUCCUGAUUGACAGCUCAGAGAGCGCGAAGGACAACCAUGCCCAGGAGAAGCUCUUCGCCUCAGAUGUGAUGGACCGCCUGCAGGGCCUCCGGCUGCAGACCGGCCGCAGUCUCACCUCCCGUGCGGCGCUCCUUCAGUACAGCAGCCAUGUUAUCAUAGAACAGACCUUUAAACAGUGGAGAGGAAUCGACGACUUCAAGGCCCGAAUCGCUCCAAUCGUGUACAUCGGUCAUGGCACCUACACGACCUACGCUAUCACCAACCUCACGCGCAUCUACCUGGAGGAGUCGGACGUCAGCAGCAUCAAGGUGGCCAUUCUGCUCUUCGACGGCAUCUCGCACCCCAGGAAUCCAGACAUAUUUUCAGCUGUGGCUGACGCCAAGAACCAGGGCGUGCGUUUCUUCACCAUAGGCAUCACACCCGAAGCCAAUGAGCCAACCAACAUGGCUCAGCUGCGGCUAGUUGCUAGCUCCCCCGCCUCCCGCUACCUUCACAACCUGCAGGACAGAGGCAUCGUGGAGAAAGUCAUUCAGGAGAUCACGGCGCUGGCAGAUGAAGGGUGUCCCCUGGCCCAGAGCAAGUGUGCGUGCGACAAGGGAGAGAGGGGUCCCAGCGGCCCUCCUGGCAAGAAGGGCCGUCCUGGAGAGGACGGAAGUCCUGGUUUCAAAGGAGCGAAGGGGGAGAGUGGUCUCAGUGGACUUCCAGGUCGUGAAGGAAGUGAGGGGAAACCAGGAUACAAAGGAGAGCAGGGGGAAAGAGGGGAGUGUGGGACGCCUGGGAUUAAAGGAGACAGAGGUCCUGAAGGAAAUGUUGGCCCGAGAGGAAAUCGUGGUGUCCAGGGUUUGCCUGGUCCACAUGGUGAUAUCGGACCUGAAGGUGCAAUGGGUAAAAAAGGGGAAAGGGGACUUUCUGGGCCACCUGGAAUCCAAGGGGAAACUGGGAUCGGCCUCCCGGGACCCAAGGGUGAUGUUGGUUUCCAGGGGCAACCGGGGCUCCCCGGCCCUCCAGGUCUUGGCGAGUCUGGACCUCCGGGGCCUCAGGGGCAACAGGGAGUCCAAGGUGAGAGAGGGCCACUGGGAGAAGGUCUGCCUGGACCAAAGGGAGAGCGAGGCUUGGAGGGGCCACGAGGGCCCAGAGGACAGCCGGGCGCUGGAAUUAAAGGCGACAAGGGGGAUUUUGGACCUCCAGGUCUUCCUGGACCCCUCGGACUCCCAGGCGUGGGCAUACAGGGUGAGAAGGGUGUAGAAGGACCAAGGGGGCCACUAGGAAGCAGAGGCCCACCAGGAGAGGGCUUGCCUGGACCCAAGGGAGACCAAGGGUUGCCGGGUGAGGUUGGCGCUCCAGGGGAUAGAGGGGCUGGAGACCCUGGAGCUAAGGGUGAGCCAGGAUCAACAGGAACGUCGGGUCUGCCCGGGUUGCCAGGAGAGGACGGGGCUCCAGGACAGAAAGGGGAACCAGGAUCUUCAGGUCUCAGGGGCCUAGAGGGGGCACCUGGAAUUGGCACUCAGGGGGAAAAGGGUGACCAAGGCCAAAGAGGAAUAAGAGGUUUGACCGGUCCGCCUGGCAUCGCUGGACCCUCCGGACCAAAGGGAGAACCAGGAGCACAAGGCAGGGGAGGUCCUCCUGGUCCACAGGGGCGUUUCGUUGUUGGACCCAAGGGUGAUCUUGGCCCCGGUGGUCCUCCUGGUCCGAUUGGGGAAACUGGCUAUGGACUUCCUGGUCCAAAGGGUGACCGUGGAGAUUCAGGCCCACCAGGUCCGUUUGGUCCCAAAGGAGACGGCUACCCCGGCCCCACAGGCCCUCCUGGUCUGCCUGGACUGACAGGAGAGCCCGGCCAAGAAGGAGUCGGCGUCCCGGGUCCAAAGGGGGAUAUUGGUUUCCGGGGGUUGCCUGGUUUACCAGGACCUCCGGGCGAAGGGCUCCAAGGACCUCUGGGUAACCCCGGGCGACCUGGUCCAUCGGGGCCAAUGGGGCCACAAGGACAAGGAGUUCAAGGGCCAAAGGGUGAACAGGGGUCCCAGGGUGUGACAGGGCCAAGGGGGCUAUCUGGAGAGGGCUUUCCUGGAGCUAAAGGUGACCGCGGCUCGGCCGGGGAGAGAGGGUUGAAGGGAAUCAGAGGUGACAUGGGAGAUCCUGGAACCCCGGGACAACCAGGCCGAGUUGGUAUCAAAGGGGAAGCUGGACUCACUAGAGAGGACAUCAUUCGAAUGAUCAAAGAGAUCUGUGGAUGUGGGAUCAAGUGUAAGGAGAGGCCCAUGGAGCUGGUGUUCGUCAUUGACAGCUCAGAGAGCGUGGGCCCUGAGAACUUUGAGAUCAUCAAGGACUUUGUGAACGCGCUAGUCGACCGGGUCACGGUGGGUCGCAACGCCACCAGGAUCGGCCUGGUGCUGUACAGCCUGGAGGUGAAGCUGGUGUUCAACUUGGCUCGCUACGUCACCAAACAGGACAUCAAGCAGGCCAUCAGAAACAUCCCGUACAUGGGAGAAGGCACAAACACAGGCACGGCCAUUCGUAAAGCCACACAGGAAGCCUUCUACAGUUCACGUGUGGGAGUCAGCAAGGUGGCCAUUGUGAUUACUGACGGCCAGACGGACAAACGGGAGCCGGUGAAGCUGGACAUCGCCGUACGAGAGGCACACGCCGCCAAUAUUGAGAUGUUUGCACUGGGGAUAGUGAACACCACAGACCCAACACAGGCGGAGUUCCUCAGAGAGCUGAACCUGAUCGCUUCUGACCCAGACGACGAGCACAUGUUCCUCAUCGAUGACUUCAACACUCUGCCAGCUCUGGAAUCCAAGCUGGUCAGCCAGUUCUGCGAGGACGAGAACGGAGCCCUGAUAUACAACAGAAUAACCAACGGCUAUGGAACCAACGGCCACAGGAAUGGCAUUAAUGGGAAGUUCGCCACCGGUGGCUAUGGAUACCGUCCUGCGACCGAGCAGGGAGCAGCGAGCGACCGGCACAGCGGCACCAGCACCCACACCCUCGGAGGCCAAGGGGAGAGCGCACGGCACGGCAGUAAAGGAUCCAGCACAGCUCAUGGCGGAGGAGGAGGAGGAGGGCAGCAUGUCCACACUGAAACAACAAACAGGGGAACGGAGCGCGGGGACACAUUUAACCGGGAAAUAGAUCUCGAACCUGUCCAUUCUUCCAGAGGGGAGUCCACCAGGAGGCGAGGAUCAUCUUCAUCUUCAUCAUCCUCAUCUUCUACAAAUGUAACCACGUCAUCCUCAGGUGUAUCUGUGCAGCACGUUCCUGCCACAAGGCCGGCUCUCCCCAAAGAGACCGUUCCCUUAGACCCUCGCUGCGGCUUGGUUCUGGACCAGGGCACAUGUCGGGAUUAUAACAUUCGCUGGUACUACGACAAGCAAGCCAACGCCUGCGCCCAGUUCUGGUACGGAGGCUGCAACGGCAACAAGAACCGCUUCGACACGGAGGAGGAGUGCAAGAGGACGUGCGUGAUCGCCAGAUCCACCGGAGGCUGAGAGGAAGCGUCUGCCCUUCAUCUGCUGUAGAUACCUCACAGAGGAGCAGCUAAAACCAGCCUUGCUCGCUGGGUUAUGUAAAGUUUUUGCAUCACUGACGUUCCAUAACACCACUACAUCAUAGUUCUUGUCGUAUCCUCCUGCAGUUCAGACGAAGCGACCCUACGUCUGACAGAUACCUCCAUUGUGUUCUCUUUUUUAAUAUUAGCAAAUACUGCAGCAGAAACUCCACCACUCUUUUCUCAGGAAUACAGAGGAUCAGUGUGUUUCCAGGGAUCACACGCAGCCUGUGAUUACACACAGAGCAUCGCAUCCAUCAAUCAACAAACUGUAGCCACUCAUUUCUUCACUCGUCACUCUACGAUCUGUCGGUGCUCAAGCACGAAUCACUAGAACCAAUAAGACACGGCUGAGAUUGAGCCUCUCAUCACGUAAUAAAAUAUACUUUGUUUUUAUCGAACAUUACGGACACUGUUACGUCUUUGAGAUCAUUUUGUGCAUUUGAAUGUUUCAUGUUUACACUGUUUCACUUGUUUCCUUCUCUACAUGUCUACACACACGUACACACACACA